AUGAUUCUAAUUACAAAGGUAUUGCUCCUCAGCAAUGACUCCGGCUCCAGAGCUCAAGUUGGACGUGUCAUCAGUCGCUUCAUCUCCAGCAAAUGGCAAUGUCAAGGCCAUGUGCUGCAACACAACAACAGCGGGCUAGAUGGAGACAGUGUUUCCUCUGUCCUUGAGCAGGCCAUGGAAGAUAUGACCAUCGGCUCAGGCAGCUCCGACAUCGCCAUUUUUCAGGCUUUGUUAGUCAUUGCCCCUCAGUUUAUGCAAAAGCUAUGGACUUUGGGAUCUGAAAAGACGGGCAUAACUUUCCUCAUGUUUGACCACAUCUGUGGCCACAUCUUGAAAGAUGACCCAGACAGAAGGCUUGCCACUAAGUGGACAUCUCUUCUCUUAGACGCCUGCGCCUUUGGGAAUGUGCACAAAAAGGGGGAACGACUUUGGCUUGAUGUCUGUGCAUACAUUGAGAGCUUGGGUCCGGCCUUGGCAGUCAAUGAAAUCACAUCAAGUGUAUCCAGGAAUGACCUCUUCACACGGGUCAUCAUCUUGAACUGGCUGUCAUCACUUCGUCCCAACGUCACGGCUGACCAUAUGUUUGUGGUCCAGUUUACAGACACACUGUGGUCGCAGUACCUGGAGCUAGCAGCCUUGACAACGUAUAAACAGUUCUCCAACUCGCUGAGCCACAGGCAGAAGCACCGUAUGGUUUCUGUGCUGCUGCUGUUGGCAGACUUCAUCACAGAAGAGUCGAGCAAGCAGUACAUGCCUCUCCUGUGGCAUGCCCUGGAGCUGGAGUGCCACCCUUCGGUCCGGCAGAACCUGGAGUGGAUGGUCAUGAGGAUCAUAAUAGCCUUCCCAUCACGUGUGUCCACAGUGUGGGAUGUCUUCAAACAGUAUGAGAAUAAGAGAAGCGUCUGCCUGUGCUCACUGUUUCUGGUCCUGUCUCACUUAGGAGUUUUUCUCCCAGUGACGGUGCAGGCUCAGUAUUACAUCCAAGCCUUCACCUGCGUCAUCCCGUGGACAAUGGCUCACCACUAUAACACUCGGAUAUUUGCACAAACCACCAUGAUGCGUAUGUGGCAGCAGUGCCAGACACUAGGUCUGGCGGAUGUUCUAGAGAAAUUUUCUGUGGUUCAGGCGUCUCUGGAUUUUCUCUGCAACAAUGGAAAUGCCAGCAACACUUCAGUAAAACUUAUUAGGAACUACAUGUACUGUGGCCUUAACCCUUUGAGAGACUACAGUAUGGAGACAAUUUUCCACACCCUACCUCGACUAGCCAGCUUGGCUGAUGAUGAGUGGGUGUUGCCACAGCAGUUUGUCCAGUGGGACAAGGCCUGGGAGGAUGUGGAGAAGCAUCACCUGCCUCUGGGCAACUCCUCUGGUGAACUGGCCCAGUGCAAGGAGGGACCGUGGAGGAUGAAAGCUCAUGUGGAAAAUGAGGAAGACAUAUCCGAGUCUGCGGACGGAGAUGUCCAGAAGAAGAUCAUGCCGUGGCGUCAGAUGUCCCCUGACCAAGAGACAGAGGCAGAGUUGGCGUCUCAGAGACGGAAAAAAGCGGAGGGUGGAGUCAUUGUUGUGACGUCUCUCAUUGACAAGAUACCAAAUCUUGGAGGAUUGUGCAGGACAAGUGAAAUCUUUGGUGUAUCAGAGUUUGUCAUAGGAAAUCUCACUCACCUGGGAGACAAAAUGUUCCAGAACCUGAGUGUGUCGGCACAGAAGUGGAUUAACAUAACUGAGGUGAUGCGUCCUCGCCUUAUUGAGUUUCUGGAAGAGAAGAGACUUGCGGGGUACACCCUGGUCGGUGUUGAACAAACCGCCAACAGUGUCUCCCUGGAGGAGUACCAGUUCCCAAAGAAGACUCUGCUACUUCUCGGAAAUGAGAAGGAAGGCAUCCCAGUGGACAUAAUCCAGUUGCUAGAUGUGUGCGUGGAAAUCCCACAAUUGGGCAUCAUCCGGUCCCUCAAUGUCCAUGUUUGCGGAGCCCUGAUAGUCUGGGAGUACACUCGCCAACAGAUGAGGCUACAACAACAGAGCAGUUGACCCUUGUAGCAGUUGUAGUCCAGUAGUCCAUAACUCUUAUUCUACUCAAUUUGUAUAAUAACUGCCCUCUGUGGGUCCCAAAUUUUUAGACCUCAAAGGGACAAAAUGGUGGAUUUUUUUAAAACUCACUCAGUACUACAGGUUCUACCGUGAAACUGCUUCAGGACCACGCAAAGGGAAAUGAGUAGGGUUUUUUUUUUUCACGUAGUAGUGUGCACUUCUAAAAACAGGGUGUCCAGCAAUUUCCCAAAUUAAAAAAAUCCUACUUUAUC